AUCCCUACCUUUUCUCUUUCUUCUUGAAAAAGAAAAAAACAGAGAGAAAGCGUGGGAAAGUUCACCAUGGUUUUCACGAACAAAGCUAUCAAUCUUACGAGUAUUGGCUCAGUUCUUCCUUCUUCUGUUGUUAAGCCCAAGAAUUCAUCAAGCAGGGCUCAAAUGAAAUUAAGGGAGUCGAAAAAUUCAUCGGUUAAAGCAGUUCAAAGCCCGGCUGUGGAAUCGGAAACUGGGAAAUGGGUCCGACAGAGACGACCCCAGAAUGUCGACGGAGAUUUCUUUGUAGAUCAUACCUGCAUAGAUUGUGAUACUUGCCGAUGGAUGGCUCCGCAAGUCUUCACAAGAGUUGGUGAAAUGUCUGCAGUUUAUAAACAGCCAACUUCCGGUGAGGACCGGCUCAAGGCUCUCCAGGCCUUGCUUUCUUGUCCAACAAGUUCGAUCCGUACCGAAGAACCUCCUCCCGAUAUCGUCGAAGCUCAGAACACAUUUCCCAUCCCAGUAGACGAAGAGAAACUUCCUGGUGUUUAUCACUGUGGAUAUCAUUCUGAGAAAUCAUAUGGAGCUGCUUCCUUCUUGAUCAUUCAUCCUGACGGAAAUAUACUUAUAGAUAGCCCGAGAUUCACCGAGAAACUUGUGAGGAAGAUCGAGACGCUGGGCGGGGUGUGCUAUAUGUUUCUAACACACAAGGAUGAUGUUGCAGAUCAUGGGAAGUGGUCAAAGCGGUUUAGCUGUGAUCGGAUUCUGCACUCGGAAGACGUAGAAGUUUGUACUGCCGAUGUCGAGAUGAAGCUGGAGGGGAACGGUCCAUGGAGCCUCGGAGACGACGUUAUGCUUAUACACACUCCAGGCCACACAGAAGGAUCUGUUUGCUUGCUUUAUAAGUCGCUUAAGAUUCUAUUUACCGGAGACCAUCUGGUAAUGACUAAAUCCGGACUCAGCAUUAUGGAGAGGUACAACAAAAGUUCAGUGCCUGAACAGGUGGACAGUGUUAAAAAGUUGUUGGAUUUUGAUUUCAAUCGGAUCAUACCAGGUCCGUACCUUGUCUCGUGUUGUGUCGUGUCAAUCCGAACUAUAUAUACUUGUCAAACACGAAACAUACUUCCUCUUACACUCUUCAUCCAUGGACCAUUGCCAUAUUUGAAACUCGGCAGAAGUUCGAUUCAUCGUCUUCGUCCUCAUAUUUGA